GCUGGGCCAUGGCCUCCAUCCUGGACGAGUACGAGGACUCCCUGCACCGCUCCGUCUCCGUGCAGCACAGCCGCGCCAGCGUGGGCAUCCCGCACUCCGGAUAUGUCAGUGCACGACUGGAGAAGGAAACGCCAAUAUUUAACAAGCAGAGGAUUGAUUUUACUCCUCCAGAGAAAAUUAACAGCUUAGUGGUCUCCUCUAACCAGCUCUGUAUGAGCCUUGGGAAAGACACCCUUCUCAGGAUUGAUCUUGGGAAGCCAGAUGAACCUAAUCAGGUAGAGCUGGGACGCAAAGAUGAAGCCAAAGUCUACAAAAUGUUUUUGGACCACACAGGCUCUCAUCUCCUGAUUGCUCUGAACACCAGUGAAUGCCUUUACCUGAACAGAAGUGUUCAGAAAGUGCGGGCGCUCUCCCGCUGGAAAGGACACUUGAUUGAAAGUGUGGGCUGGAACAAAUUUCUUGGUUCAGAAACCAACACAGGGCCUAUCCUGGUGGGGACAUCCCAGGGGCAGAUCUAUGAAGCUGAAAUCUCUGUCAGCGAAGGAAGCCUCUUCAGCACUAACCCUGACCAGUACUUCCGACAAGUCUACACUCUGGAGGAGGAAUCUGGACCUGCCCCAGUCUGCUGCUUGGAAAUUGAACGAGGGAUAGAAGGGAAAUUUUUUAUUAUAGCCACCACUAGGAAGAGACUCUUCCAGUUUGUUGGCAAAGUGCCUGAAGGGACAGAGCAGCAGGGCUUCAGCUCCAUAUUUGCUGUGCAUGCUGACCAUCUGCCCAGUUUUCGGGAGUUUCCAGCCAACUUGGGCUUCAGCGAGAUAGCCUUUUACACUCCAAAACUGCGUUCCAACCCACGCUCCUUUGCCUGGAUGAUGGGAAAUGGUGUUUUAUAUGGUACACUGGAUUAUAGUCGUCCUGAUUCGAUUCUGAGUGAUGAACAGGUCUGGGUUUAUCCGCCUGAUAUUGACAUAACUGUAAACAAGCCAAUUUCCAUUGUACUUACCCAGUUCCACUUCCUGUUGCUGCUGUCUGACCGAGUGAAGGCUGUCUGCACUCUGAAUGGACAGGUUGUUUUUCAGGAUCUGUUCCUGGAGAAAUUUGGCUUGCUGACACGCAUGAUUAAAGAUCCCACAGUCCAGCAGAUAUGGAUCCACACUGAGAAGGUAGUCUUCCGCUAUCAUGUCCAACGGGAAUCUAGAGACGUGUGGAAGAUGUAUAUGAAUAUGAACAAAUUUGAUUUAGCAAAAGAGUAUUGUAAGGACCGUCCAGAGUGUCUUGACAUAGUGUUGGCCAAAGAGGCAGAGCACUGCUUCCAAAACAAGAGGUAUCUGGACAGUGCCAAAUGUUACGCACUGACCCAGAACUACUUUGAGGAAAUUGCUCUGAAGUUCAUAGAAGCCAAGCAAGAAGAGGCCCUGAUGGAGUUUCUGAUUAAGAAGCUGAGUAACCUAAAGCCUUCAGAGAAGACACAGACCACUCUGCUGACCACGUGGUUGACAGAGCUGUAUCUGAACUGGCUGGGUAUGUUGCAAGGAGAUCCCUCACAGCGAAAUCUCUAUUUGGAUACACGGGAGAAGUUCCGCACUUUCCUGAGCAGUCCUAAAAACAAAGACUGUCUUUUUAAUAACCGGGCAUCAAUUUAUGAGCUGUUGGCGAGCCAUGGUGACACAGAGCACAUGGUCUACUUUGCAGUCAUCAUGCAGGAUUAUGAGCGUGUAGUAGCUCACCACUGCCAGCAUGACGAGUACGAUGAGGCUCUAAACGUGUUGUCCAGGCACAGAGAUGAGAAGCUCUUCUACAAGUUCUCUCCGGUUCUCAUCCAGCAUAUCCCCAAGAAGGUAGUUGACGCUUGGAUUUCUAUGGGCUCUAGACUGGAUGCCAGGAACCUCAUUCCAGCCCUUGUAAACUACAGCCAGAGUGCCAGCACCCAGCAGAUCAAUGAAGCCAUUAGAUAUAUGGAGUUCUGUGUCUACCAGUUGGAGGAAACCCAGCAAGCCAUUCACAACUACCUGUUGUCUCUUUAUGCUUUGUGUCGGCCGGACUCGCUGCUGUCAUACCUGGAGCAAGCAGGAACCAACCCAAACAGAAUCCACUAUGACCUGAAGUAUGCACUGCGCCUGUGUGCAGAGCACGGGCACCACCGUGCAUGUGUCCACAUUUACAAAGUGAUGGAAUUAUAUGAGGAGGCUGUGGAUCUUGCCUUACAGGUAGAUGUUGAUCUUGCCAAGUCCUGUGCAGAUCUUCCUGAAGAUGAUGAGGAACUCCGGAAGAAGCUGUGGUUGAAGAUCGCUCGCCAUGUUGUUCAGGAAGAGAAGGAUGUCAAGAAGGCAAUGGCCUGCCUCUCCAGCUGUGCUCUGCUGAAGAUUGAAGAUGUGCUGCCAUUCUUUCCAGAUUUUGUAACUAUUGAUCAUUUCAAGGAGGCAAUCUGUAACUCCUUGGAGGAUUACAACAAGCACAUUGAGGAACUGAAAAGGGAGAUGGAGGAAGCCACACAAAGUGCCAAGAGGAUCCGAGAGGACAUCCAGGAAAUGAGAAAUAAGUAUGGCUCUGUGGAGCCUCAGGAAAAAUGUGCUGCUUGUGACUUUCCACUUCUAAACCGUCCUUUUUACCUUUUCCUGUGUGGUCACAUGUUUCACUAUGACUGUCUCCUGCAAGCAGUUUUCCCAAACCUUCCUGCCUAUAAGCAGGCAAAACUUGAAGAUCUUCAGAAGAAGCUGGCAACUACCAGCCAGCCAUCCAAGAGCCACCAUCGUCCCAAGGACACAGACACCAUUAGCUUGGGGAAGGGGCAGCAGAGCCGGGAACAGAUCAAAGCUGACAUUGAUGAUAUUGUGGCAGCUGAAUGUGUGUACUGUGGUGAGCUGAUGAUCCGCUCCAUUGACAAGCCUUUUAUUGAUCCCCAAAAGUAUGAAGAGGAGAUGCAAAGCUGGCUGUAGUUUUUCUAAUCUUCAACUGUCAAACAAAUUAUGAAGCUUCUGUGGUGGGAAUAUAACCUCCAGGAGCAAGAACACAGUGACUUCUGUGCAACUGUAAACAAAGGGUAGUGGAGUAUUUUUACCAGGGUUAGGGAGAACUAGUCUUGAAAAAUGGGGAGAUAUAGCUAUGGCUGUUUAAGAACUUUAACAAUACUUAGAGCUAACCUACUGGAAUAUAUUUAGCAGAUGUUUCUGCUUGCAGUACUACUGAGGUUCUCUGUGUGAAGCUAAAUGGAGUGCCUUGUUGUCCAGAAGGAAUUGGGAACAGCCUGUGUUUUUUCUGCCCUGUUGUGUGGUACUUGUUUUGGUGAAGAUGAGCUGGAAUAGAAAAGUAGUGAAGGCCACUAAGCAGUGUAGUCUUCAUUCAUCACUUUCAAAGCUAGAAUUUUUGUUGAGAAUCUGUAACCACAUAGAAAGAACAUGAAAGGACAGAAGCUCCUCCAGUUUUAUAUUUUGUAAGCAUCAUGCUAUACAAAUACAUGUUUCUACACAAUGUGAUACAAGAAUGUGCAUAAAUUUCAAGCAGGAGUAUCUCAUAAUACACUAAAGUAAUUUGUCUGCAAUUCAAGAUGUAUAAUUCUCACAAGCUUUAUGCACAAGACCACACACAUUUGGAUUUUCUGUAGGUACUGUUUCUUGAAAUGCCUGUUCACCCCUUCCUCUUUCCAUCCUUUUUCUACUAUGACUGCCUUUGUACAGUGAGUCUUGGUUUUGUCUUCACCCCAAAACAAAACUGGUAGAUGCAGUAGUAAAGUUUCAGUUGACACUUGUCUUCAAGCUGCACCUUAGCAUCAGACUCGAGAUCUAGUCAGAGGAUUGCUCAAGGGUAGUCUACAGAAAAGUUCUGUUGGUGUGAAAUUUGCUUUGCCCUUUGAAGCUAGUACCUUGUGCCUAAACAGUCUUUUGCCUUCCACUUUUUGGAGAUGGCUGCAAGUCAAUGCUUUUAUCUAUUGCUUCAAUUUGGAAAAUUUUUCUCAAAAGGUAGCCAUCACUGCAUUGUGAGUGAGAGAAGAAAAAAAAAAUUUGUUAGCAGUUUAGCAAGGGCUCCUUGUUCCUUGUUAAGAAAAUAAAAUUUUAGUUAGGUUUUGCUGUUUGGGACUGAAUCACAAAGGUAGUAAUUGACAGAAUAAUUGAAUGUUCUAAAAGAAAAAACAAUUCUUGUAAUUAAGGCAAUAGAAAAUAGUAUCUUCUGAAAAAACACCCCAGUUCUUUCACAUGAAUAUGCGUGUUUGUCUUGAAUACCUCUCAAUCUCCUAACCACUUACCCUGUUUGUAGGGUUGUAGAAAUGGGUCUUUGUGCUAUUUUAGGAGAAUAUGUAUUGGUUUCCUCAAGGAUCUGAGUUCAGAACAUCAGAAGAACAUCUAUGCUUUUUUUGGGAGCAUCAGCCUGGAAUGAAUGAAUUUUAUCUGCAUAAAAUGACACGAGUAAUAAAAAACAGAAAUGAAAGUAGGAAGACCUGAGGUUUCAGGAUCUUCUUUUCUUUGAUGGAGCCGUGGGAUAGGCAGUCCCAUUCACCACCUGGUGGUGUGUGUUUGCUGGCUUGUCAGAGAGCACUGUGUCAGUGGCUCCAUUAAGCGGUGGUUCAGAAAACCCACAUGCUGUAGUUUUCUUUGGCUCUGCAUAGCCUUUUGCUUUAAUAAGCGAAUAAGCUGGUGGGUCUGGCAGAAGAAUUUGUGAUGAAAAUGAAAUGUGAUGUCCUUUGAAGUUUACCAUUAAACUUGUUAUAACUGGCCACUCCUGUAAAUCAUCAUCUUUUCCUGUAAGCAGUGUGAUA